AUGGCUGCGAACGGCACAUCAGCGCAGGACGAGUUUGCACCUGUGCUUGCCGCACUUGCUACUAUGCAGUCAUCUGGAGAACCUACAAAAAAGAAGGAAGCUCACAGCUUUCUGGAACAGUUUCAAAAAUCUUCAGAUGCCUGGCAGACGAUCUUCAGUAUCUUAAGCUCACAGAACGCUGAUGUCCAAGCGAAGCUCUUCGCUACUACCACGCUCAAAGGCAAAAUCGUAUACGACUUACAUCAACUCCCCCGCAGCCAGCUACCGUCACUACGCGAUACCCUCCUAAAUCUCCUAUCCACAUUCAGCUCUGGACCUAAACCUAUGAGACUGCAGCUUUGCGUAUGUCUUGUCAAUCUCGCUAUACAAAUGGUGGAAUGGAAGGAUGUCCUCCAACUGGUGGUAGCGACCCUAGGCAACGAUUCUCAGCAAAUUGCCUGUGUGUUGGAUUUCCUUCGUGUUCUUCCGGAAGAAGUCACCGAAGGGCGAAAAAUCAACUUGACAGAAGACGAGCUCAACGAGAGGACAAAGGAACUAUUAGAAGACAACGUGCAUCAGGUACUCACACUGCUCAUUCAGUAUUCACAAUCCUCAGCCUCAGCGGCCAAGGAUCCCCAAUUACUUGAGUGUAUAACAUCGUGGUCAAAAGAAGUUUCAGUCAACGAGCUGGUCAAAUCCCCUCUCUUGAAGAUCGUGAUUGAUGGUCUAUCGUCGGACUCCUCGUUCGAAGCGGCUGUCGAAUGUAUUUGCGCAAUUUUUGCCGAGACACGAGACGUUGAUGAGUGUGUCGAUGCGAUUCAGAUACUAUUCCCACAUAUCGUAUCGCUUCGGCCGAAGAUUUCGCAAGCUGCGAAAGAAGAAGACCAUGAGACCUUCAAAGGGGUCUCACGUAUCUUCGCCGAGGCUGGGGAGAUGUGGGUGCCCCUAAUCGCAAGGAUGCCACAACAAUUUCGGCCUCUAGUUGAGGCUAUACUCGAAGCCGCAGCCCUUGACAAGGAACGAGAUGCAAUAUCUUUGACAUUCAAUUUCUGGUACGAAUUGAAGCAGCUCAUCACCUUGGACAACUUCAUGGAAGCUCGCAUGCAGUUUAUAGACAUAUUUUCGAAGUUGGUUGACAUUAUGAUCUCUCAUCUGGCCUUCCCAAAGUCGGAGAGCGGAACUGACGAUCUCUUUGACGGGGACCGAGAACUAGAGGAGAAGUUCCGGGAAUUCCGUCACCAGAUGGGUGAUGUUUUGAAAGAUUGUUGCGAAGUACUUGGUGUGACACAAUGCUUGGAGAAGACGUACGUGCUCAUCGAUUCUUGGGUGAAGACGUAUGGAGGUCAGGCAAUCGCUGGCAAUGUACCUGAAUGGCAAAGUUUGGAGGCACCACUUUUCAGUCUGCGAGCUAUGGGACGCAUGGUAUCAGCUGAUGAGAACAUCAUACUCCCUCGCCUGAUGCCGCUCCUCGUGCAGAUACCUGAUCAUGAAAAGGUUCGAUUUCAAACGGUCAUGGCCCUUGGUCGCUAUACAGAGUGGACCGCUCAACAUCCGGAUCUUCUCCAGCCUCAGCUCACAUUCAUUAUGGCUGCUUUCGAACACAACUCCAAGGAAGUUGUUCGCGCUGCAGCGUUAUCUUUCAAAUUUUUCUGCAACGACUGCGCCGACUUGCUGAAAGGGUUCAGCACACAAUUGCAACACUUCUACGCCAAUGUUCUCGACAAAUUGCCAGUCAGCAGCCAAGAUGAAGUCACAGAUGGUGUCGCCUCUGUCGUGUCGCGAUUGCCCACCGAUGAAAUAUAUCAAAAUUUGAAGCUUUACUGCGAUCCCGUCAUCAAUACUUUGCUCUCCAUGGCUCAGAGCGCGGCUGAUGAUGAGGCAAAGCUGGCCAUCGCUGAUCGUCUGCAACUCAUUACCAUAUUCAUACAAUGGGUCCAGCCCUAUGUAGAGUCUUCACAGGAGAACCCGGCUGUGAAAUAUUGUCAAGAAAUAUUCCCAGUUUUAGCUGCCGUCGCCGAGGGCUUUGCCGACUGCAUACCAGUUCUGGAGCGUGUAUGUCGCUGCUGGAGGUAUAUGGUUCUGUCCUACCGUACAUCGAUUCUACCUCUGCUCCCGCAGCUGGCUGAAAAACUAGUGGCCGGCUUCGCUGCGUCAAGGCAGGGAUGCUUCCUAUGGGCAACAGAUUCUAUUAUGCGCGAGUUCUCCGAAGGGCAGGAAUUUGUCCAACCGCAUACAGUUGCCGCUGUCUAUCAAUUCUAUGAACAACAGGCCACCAACUUUCUGAGGGCUCUCAGCGAAGUUCCCCCAGAGGAACUGCCUGACUUGAUAGAAGACUUCUUCCGGCUGUCGUCCGAUGUCGUCCGAUUCUAUCCCCAACAAACCGUUCUCUCCACAUUAAUGGGGUCAAUCGUAUCUGCGGCCUGUUCCGCUCUCUCUCUUUUGAAGGAGGAGCCACUUAUUGCUACCAUACACUUCGUUCGCGAUCUCUUGAGUCAUGCUGGUGAAAUGUCGCCCUCAUCUAGUUUUGACCAGGAACGUCGUACGAACCCAACCGAGAUCCGGGCACGGGUCAGACAACUCCUAGACAACCAGGGCGAGCAACUAGUACAGCGCGUUAUGACUGGAAUGAUGUAUAGUUUCCCACGUGACUGCAUCCCCGAUGCGUCAGGCGUACUUCUCCAGCUCUUCGAACUCGUACCCCAGCAGGUUGCACUUUGGCUUCAAAACACAGUCGCGAGCUUACCAGAAGGUUCUAUGACAGAACAAGAGAAGCAUAGGCUUUUGACAAACAUCAAUAAUCGAGUUCAGUCUAACGAGAUGAACAAAGUCCGGUCGCUCCUGCAAGACUUCACAAACUCGUAUCGACGGCGCAAUGUCGCUCCCCGCGAAGGGCUCGGAAGGCUUGAAGCUACAAGAUUCCGCUUCUCUGGUUAG